UUCAAAUGGUACUUUUUAUAUCUUUCUAUUUCAGGACAAUGGCAGGCAUCAGUGCUGCGGGCGUGUUGGAGAAGAUCAGCCAGGGACACCUUGAGUGCCCGAUUUGUUUCUCUCGAUUCACAAACCCCAAGAUUCUGAAUUGCUUGCACAGCUUCUGCCAAAGAUGCCUGGAAAAAAUGAUGGAAGGUCAUUCUCAGCAGCGAGAGAUUACCUGCCCAGUCUGCAGGCAGCAAAUGGUCUUAUCAGAAGCAGGAAUUGCAGGGAUUGCCAACAACUUUUCUCUAAUGGCACUGGUGGAUGAGGUCACCCAACAGGAAGAGCUGGUCAAAAGUCAAAGAUCGAAGAUCAUUUGUGAGGUGUGUGAUGAACAAGUAGAGGCAAUUGUAAGGUGUUUGGAGUGUAGGGAAUACCUCUGUGAGGCAUGUCACAGUGCCCACAGUCGAAACAAGAAAACCAAGAAUCAUGAGACGGCAUCAAUUGACGACCUGCACUCGGGAAAGGUACCUUACCAAAGUCGCCUUUGGAAUGAGGUUCCUAAAUGCCCAAAGCAUCCUUCCCAGGAUCUCUACUUCUUCUGUGAGACUUGUACGACCCUGAUUUGUGCUGCAUGCACUGCUCUUGACCAUAAAGCACCAGACCAUAAGUUCUCUGAUAUUUCAAAAGCAACUGCCCUCUGUAAAGAAAAAUUAGAUGGGCUUGAAAGAGAGGCAGAACAACAUUUGGCAAACUUAAGAGAUGCUAAUGCAACAGCAGCAAACUCAUACACCAAUCACAAAGUCCUAACCACAGAAAUCCAGUCUGCAAUUUCUACAAAAGCAGACGAAGAAGUUGCUAAAAUCCGCAAGGUUGAACGUCUGUUAAAAAAUAACCUCACUCAGCUGUUUCACAACAAAGACAAAGAAAUUGAGGGUAAAAUGGUAAAAUACAGAGAAAGAGUGGAAAAGAUGGAAACAACAAUGGAAAGCGUGCGAACAGUCAGGUCCCAGGCUAAUGACUAUGAUCUGCUCAGACAUCAAGAGAACAUUCUACAGAAUAUACAACUGGCAACUAAAACUGGCACUCCUGACCCUGUGCAGGGUCUGACACAUGAAGAUAUACAGCAAUGUAAGAACUUCACAGACAGCAAUCUAGAAGAACCUCCCAGUACCAAAAGCACCGACCUUAAAAAAUAUUCUGAUUUGAUCAUGGACACUGGUGAAGUUAUAGUCUCCCAUCCUGGGAAAUGCACUGCCUGCGGUCAAAACCUUGAUACCAAAGCCUUUACCAAUGACAUGACAUGA